CUGAAAAACACGCAUGCGCAUUAAGUGGGCGGAUGUAAUGAUUUCGAUGGGAAGAAAUAAUAUUCAGCAUCGAAGGAAUAACAACUGAAAUCAUCCCGUCCUGCAGCAUGCACCUAUGUGAAUGUGGAGAAUGACCAGCAAUGUCCAAGGGGUAGCAGCAGGGUAACACUGCAUGAGGCGGUGCCCCCUGAAGGAGCCCAAAACACUGCUCUUCAAAUGGAACACAUCCAACCUUCAGGUGACCGUGCAGGAUGUACCACUCUGGAACAUCAAGCCUCUCCCCACCUGCCAGCACAUGAAAAUAUUUCUACUUCUGACCAUUGAAGAGAAUGGAAAACCAUUUUCCAGAUCAGCCCUCAUACAUCCUCCUGAUGGCCUAACAACUGAAUGACAUGUCGAUGCUGAGUAUGAUCCAUUUCAAUCAUUUGAGGAAGCUCUCCCUGAUAUAGGGGAUUGGAUGUACAAUGACGGACAUACGUUUAAUGAAGGAUUUGAAGAUGGUUUGAGUGAGGAGUGUGCAGAAGAGUCCAAUUUCAAGGACACAACAGACAAACCAAUACAUGACAAUGCAUCAGAAACCAUGGCAGAGUGCCUUCUGAUCAGCAUGGGUUAUGUAAACUGUCCUAAAGUCACAGGUAAGGCCCUAAGCCAUAUGCUCAAAAUGUUCAAGUUGCUUUAUCCCGAUACCCUGAACACAGACUGCUUAAACAGUGUGCAGAAGUUCCAAAACUUUUUUUUAUCCCACUCUGCAUCAUCGCCUACUAUAUUACAUAAAUCCUCCAAGAAUUGUUUUGGGCCAAUAGAAAGUAAACAAAUAAAAUGCCUGCUUUGUGGGACCAGUGUGUCAGAAGAAAGGUUCUCAUCCUUUUUUUAAAGUAUGUACAGAUUGAUUUCUUGUUUACCACAGCACAUUCAUGUGCCAAAUGGGCCCUCGUUGGUGAAUAUAAACAUGCAGGUUUUUCUUUGCUGCAAGAUAGUGUAACAUAUGAGACAUGCAGUCAUGUUAUUCCCCUAUUGGAAACCUCUGCAGUACAGUAGUAUUCUUGGAUGACAUAUUGGGUAAAGUUGUUUUCCUUGACUUCACAUCUAUGCCUGGCAUAGUGAUUGCAGUUCAUUUCCCCAACACACUUGAAAAGUUUGAAAUAAUGAAGAACUGAACUGGCCUAAGAAGCCACAAAUCAAAUCUUUAAUCAUUGUUAUAAAUGCUCUGAAAAUACACACUGAUGUGAUGUUGCCGUGGAUUCUGUAAAUAUGUACUGUAUAUGGAGUAUCAUUGUUGAUGAUGUUUUUGCAUUGUGUGUAAUAUUUCAGUGGCAAAUAUAUUACAUUUACUUGUUUAAUAAAGCCACUGUCUUUUUUAAUGAAUACAUAGGCCUACUAUGCUACUGCAUUUUAAUAUUAGUCCUUAUGAUGGUGGUUGGAGAGCCAAAUAUCUUCUGAAGUGGUACUUUGUUAAAAGAAUUUGAGAACCACUGCUCUAGAAAGUUCACAAAUGUUAAAAGCUCUUACAAAGUGUCUUGUGAUCAUAUCAGUAUUGUUUGGGUUCAGUUUUAAAUCUCACAAUUGUAGUCACUGAGUUACUGUACAUGACGUGUGGAUAAGAAAUCAACAAAUUAAGUCCAACUUUAUUUAAAUAAACCAUUUAGAUUACAGACCAUAUAUCCAUAUUGUCUGAAUUCAUUAUUUUCUCCCAAUGUUGGCAUGAGAUCAACUGGAAUAUGAUUGAGGUAUAACUAAAUUGAGCCCAUUAAAAUGCAUUUUUUUAGAAAACGGGUAUAUCUAACAACUCAAAUAGUGAGCAGUGAGAGACAAAACCAAGUAUAUCUCUCACUGAGACAUCAUUGAGACAUAUUGAAACCAAUACUCAUCAAUUGUCUUUUUGCCGAAAUAGAAAAGAGACAUCUGAGAACUCAAACAGUGAGUAGUGAGAAACAAAACCAGGUGUUUCUCUCACUGAGUCAUAAUUGAGACAUAUUGGAGACCAGCUCAUUCAUCUCUCAUUUUGGUCUUAGUUGAAAUGGGGAAAAGAGAUAACUAUUAGACAACUAUGAGAUCUCUCAUAGUGCUCACUGUGAGCCUUAUUUCUCAGGAGAUACAUUUGAGAAGAAUGAGAAAACUACUUUGGUCUCCAUUAGUGCUCUUUUAUGUCUAGGAGAUAGAUAUAAGACAUACAUGAGAUCUCAUCUUCAAUUUUGCUUUGCUAUGGGAAACAAGUGUUUGAUGAGCAUUCCUCAACUUUUUCGGUCUUUUUUGACACUCGUGCCAGCUUUUUUUAAGCAUGUUGCAGGCAUCAAAUUCCAAAAUGAGCUAAUAUUUGCAAAAAAAAAAGUUUCUCAGAUCCAACAUCAAAUAUCUUGUCUUUGCAGUCUAUUCAAUUGAAUAUAAGUUAAAAAGGAUUUACAAAUCAUUGUAUUCUGUUUUUAUUUACCAUUUACACAACGUGCUACUUCACUGGUUUGGGGUUUUGUACAUGUUGACAGUACAUUGCAGUGUUAUUUUGUUACAGCCGUGCCCACUGUGUGAAGUACUUUUGCAAGACUCCUAGCAAUAAUAUUACACUUCACCAAAGAGCCUGCUGUAAAAGAAAUGACCAUUGAAUGAAGAUACAUACUCAGGUCACCGUGAUCUGAAAAGGAGAGUGAAGAAUGUUUUUGUAUUCCCCAGAUUCUAAUCAUCUUGGAUGAAUAAACAAGCAAUUCCUAAUUUCACUUGGAAAUGUGUUUACUAUAAAAGUGUAGCACUGUUUCCACACAAAAUACCUUCUGUUUUUGGAAAGAUGCCCAUGUGUGUCUUCCAGGUUGAACAUUCCACCCUUUGUGCCUGCCCGGACUGUGCUGGAAGGCCUCGAGUCAGAGGAUGCGUGUGAAGACAAGAAAGCUGUAAAAAAGGAGAUCCAUAGCAAAAAGGUCAAAUAAGUACAAACAAGUAUUUUACCUCGAUUAUUAACAGUUUAUUUUGCCCAAAAAUGUUAAGGGAGCCAAAAAGGACAAAAUGGAAGAGGAGAAUACAGACCUGCUCAGACUUUGCCACACAGUACCGCUGGAGGUGGUGAACUUAGGUGGGAAAGGUUACGAUCCAGAGAAGAAAGACUACUCAGGUUUUGAGGCCUGGUUGCAGUGUUACUAUGUGGAUGGAAUGAAGUCUGUACGCGACCACAAUGGCAGGACUAUGUGGUUCAAAGGCGAUCCAGGUCCUAUGGCUCCUAAAGAAUCAAAGUCUCCAAAGGCCAAAAAGAGAAAAGAUACAGAUGCAGACCAUGAUUACCCCCGCAAGAAAAAGGUGUCCAGGAAACACAACUCUGACAGCACAGUGAAGAAAAAAGCAGCCAAAAAGCCCACAAAAGCAGCAAAGGAAGAAGAAAAUGGACCUCAAGAAGAAGCCACACCCAGAAGAAGAUCAGCAAACACACCUCAGCAAGAACCGAAUCCACGUCAGGCAGGAGGAAAAAGAACAAUACAGAGCCAGCUGCAGGCUUCAAGACACGUAGCGGGAGACUGACAAGACAGAAUGUCAAGUAAAGGACAUCUAUUGGAAAAUACUGUUUUUAUUCCAUGAUACAUAUUUUUAAUAAACAUUCCACACGUUUA